UCCCGCCAAAGUUAUGUUAAGGGCGUCACAAAUUUGAAAAGAACCACCUUGGUUUGUUUCCUGAGCUGGAAGAAGGCCAUGGCUUUUCUUCUCCACAACCUCCCUGCUUCUCUCCUUCCCCAUUCCACCAAAUUCAAAGAGAAACCUCUUCACCAAACCCUUUCUCCUUCCAAACCCUCUUCUCUCUCUCCUCUUUCGUCAGUUUUGUCGUCUUCAUUGACCACUCUCCAGAAUCCCACUUCACAGGUUGCGCAGGUCGACACUCCUCCUCCUGCCCAAGACGAAAGUCAUCAAAAACACGACUUCUUUCUCAAUCUCGGCCUUGCUGUUCGUACCCUCCGUGAAGACCUGCCUUUGCUCUUCAUCAAAGAUCUCAAUUUCGACAUUUACAGGGAUGAUAUAACAUUCAUGGACCCUCUGAACACAUUUAUUGGAAUUGAGAAGUACAAAUUGAUAUUCUGGGCAUUGCGGUUUCAUGGGAAAAUGUUGUUCCGUGAGAUUGCUCUUGAUGUUUAUCGGAUAUGGCAACCUUCAGAGAAUGAGAUUCUGAUAAGGUGGAACUUGAGAGGAAUCCCUAGAGUUCCCUGGGAAUCCAAAGGGGAAUUUCAAGGAACUUCACGGUAUAAACUGGACAGAAAUGGAAAAAUUUAUGAGCACAAAGUGGACAAUCUAGCCUUCAAUUUCCCAAGAACUGUCAAACCAGUUUCAGUUUUUGAUCUGAUUAUUGCCUGCCCAGCAAGUCCAAAUCCUACAUUCUUAACAGCUCCUGUAGAUGCCUACUCUUCUUGGAUAGAGUUAUACCGUGUAGUCAGAGAGACAUUACAUCACGAAGAGACUCUGCUACCACAAGAUGGUCUAGCCACAUGUUCAUAGCUACUAACAAUGAAGUAUUGGUACUUCCAAAAUGGAAGAUACUAUUUUUUUGGCUUUGUUUUGUGAUGUUAAUAUCAUGUAAUGUGAGACUGGUGCUUGUUGAGCUGUUUCUCAGGCAAUGUGUAGGAUUCAAAUCCUAUUAGGUUAGAUGUAGCUAAGUUGGUGAAUGGCUAGCAGGUAAGGGUUUAGUUGAACGACUGGAGUGUAUAUAGUUGAGCAGGGAAUGCUGAUGGGUUCUAGCUGUUAUAGAUGACGUGUAUUGUUCGUGUAUAUAUAAAGAUAUGCCAUAACCUGCGAAGUUCAUAUGAGUAACUGGAGAUUAAGUAUGUUGCA